AUGUCUAAUCCUUCAUCAAUGCCGACUGUUGUAAAAGUAAAUUUUUCACUAAAAAAAUUCAAGAGACUUGUGUCUAGGAGAGUUUCAGAAAAUAAUGAAUCUACAAUAGAAAAUGAUAAUAAAGGCAUUGAAGCUUUAAAACAAGUCUACUAUAGUUCUCCGAAGAAAAGGCCUAAAUCCGGACAUUUGAUUUCUCCUUAUGAAAAUCGACCCAAAUCUUUUCAGCUUUUUCCUGAUACCCAAAGAAAACGCUUUUUUAUGAGACCAGCUUCUGAAUUAAAAGGAGAUAAGGCUGCAGAAUCGUUCCAAAAAGAACUAAAACUUAUUAAAGAGGAUACUGUUGCAGACCAGCUUAAGUACAACAUUAAAAAAGCUAAAAGUGAUAAAAUUGAGCUUAUGAGGGAUAUCGCAACUUAUGAAUCCAAUUUCUCAGCUAAAACUGCUCUAAGCAGCAAGUUUAGAACAUUAGCAGAAAAUUGUGCCAUGAUUAAAUUCCUUUUUGAAGAAACAAAAUCAAGUAAUAACGCAAAGCUUUUAUUGAAGGAAAAUAUAGAAAAUGCUCUUGAUAUGCUGCAUAGUCCAGAUAAUUCUAUGAUUCUUCUAAAUAAAAAAGAAAAGAUCAAUAUUAUCAAAAGUAAGAGUUUUAAGUUUGUAGAUAGAAAGGUAUCACAUCAAAUUUUUGCAGGAAUUGCUUUAGUUUCUUUAUUAAGCUGUAUCAUCAAUAUCCAGCUAAAUAAAAACAGUCAUGAUUAUUUAAUUUCUAUGAAAAUUCCUUCAGGUCAAAUUUUAAGCUUAUAUUUGAAUAAAAAUUUAUUGGUAUCAAGAAAAUCAAAUAUUGCAAAGGACCAAAUUAUUCCUCAUUUAUGAAUUAAAAUAGACUCACACCAAUACUCUUUGGUCUAUGAUCCAGAGUGCUCAAUUACUUUUCUUUCAUUUGUAUUAUCACUGAAAGGGGACGCUUCAAAUUUAAAUACUGUACUUAUAAGAGAAACCUUAUUAAUUUUAAAAAUACAAAUAAUUGGGACAUUAUUUAGUAUUGAUAUAGAUAAAUCUCUAAUUACAGACAAAUCAUCAAUCUUUCUCGAGCAUCCACAUAAAAUUGCAAGAAUAUUAAGGUCAAAAAUAUGUUUUUCACGUAAAAAUAAGUCUUUUAUUUGAAUAGAAGAUUCAUCUGCAGACCAUUGCUUUAAAUUUAAAGAACUAUCUUCCAACUUUUUAGAUGAAAAAUAUUUGAAUCAGGCUUUCAAUGAUAUCAAAACUGGCGAUUUUUUGAUGUAUAAGAUCAGAAUUAAAGGAAAGCUCUACACUCUGGAAUAUUAUUCACAGAAAGGAGAAGAAUCUUUGAAGAUUUUAUUUUCGAAAAAUUCGAUUUUACUCACAAAGUGGUCAAAAGAAUAUAAUUAUUUAAUGUCACUGCAAUUUGAAUCACAGUUUUCUAUAUGCACUUUAUCGAAAAGCUUGGAGCUUGAAUAUUUUUUGUCAAAUCUCAACAAAUCCGAAAUUUUUAUUAAUUAG